UCUCUCUCUCUUCCCAUCAUCAAUUCUUCGUGCUGAUGUGCUGCGACUUAUUAUGGACGGUACUCCUUUUGCUAUGUUUUACUGGAAGGCAAAGAUCAUGUCUUUCAUGGUCGUAAAGCAUGUCUUCUUCUUCCUCCUCCACCUCCUCCUCCGACGCGUUGUCACGGCUCAUAGCUACCCACUCCUCGCAAGGCAAAUUUCACAGGACAAGGCUGCUCUCUUGGCCUUCAAGAACACGUUGACGCUGCAAAGUCAACGGGCUCUAUCGAACUGGAACGAGACUACCGAGAUGUGCGAGUUCGUCAACGUUACGUGCGACAGACGGCAGGGUCGCUAUGUCGUGUACCUCCAACUCCGCAGCAGAAAUCUCUCCGGCCACCUCUCCCCGGUCCUUGCCAACCUCACCUGGAUUCGCCGGCUCGACUUGUCCGGGAACGAACUCUCCGGCCAUAUACCUCGUGAAUUCUCCAGCUUAAGGCGCCUCAAAUACCUCGAUCUCUCAUACAACAAUCUUUUUGGUGCGAUUCCUCCGUCACUUGCCUACCUCACCAGCCUUCGUUAUCUAUACCUUGCCAACAAUUAUUUUGCAGGUCAGAUUCCAGCCUCCAUCUUCUACAACUGCACCAGGUUAGGUCAGAUAGACCUCUCUGCGAAUGAGCUCUCCGGCCAUAUACCUUCGGCUGCGGGAAUUGGUCUUCCAGUUUUGUCCGCCCUCAACCUCUACCAGAAUUAUUUUACUGGUAGAUUGCCGAUAUGGCUCUCAAAUUCGUCGUUGCUGCGUCAAUUGGAUGUCAGCAACAAUAAUCUUUCGGAUGAGUUGCCCACUGCAAUCAUACAGGACAAGACUAAGCUUAAAGUCCUUCAAUUGUCCCUUAAUAACCUGUCGAGCCAUGACAAUAACACCAACCUCGAGCCCUUCUUCUUGACUCUCUCAAACUGUUCAGAGCUCGUAGAACUUGAAAUCGCAGGAGCGGGCAUUGGUGGAUUCUUGCCGCAUGCCAUCGGUAGGGGCCCCAGAAAUCUGUCCAUCAUCCACCUCGAAGAUAACUUGAUCUCUGGACCAAUCCCUCCUGACAUAGCCAACCUUACCAAUUUGACUCUGCUCAACCUGUCCGGCAACCAUCUAAAUGGAGCGAUCCCAAAGGAAAUCUUCGGCAUAUCAAAGCUACAGAGAUUGAUCUUGUCCAACAAUGUCUUGACCGGUUCUAUUCCUCCUGAGAUCGGAAAUGUCGUCUCGGUCGACCUGCUGGAUUUGUCGAGCAACAAAUUGUCUGGUGAGAUUCCAAGUAGCAUCGGAAACCUUGUCCGAAUCAGCUAUUUGUAUCUCCACAGCAAUGAACUCUUUGGAUCGAUACCUGCUACUCUCGGACGAUACAAGAGCUUGAACGAUCUUGAUCUUUCAUUCAAUAGAUUGACCGGGAAGCUGCCCGGAGAAGUAUCAGGCAUCGCCAAGGUAAUGCUUAAUCUCUCGAACAACCAACUCGAAGGAAGUCUUCCUAAGGAGCUCAGCAACAUGGAUCACGUGCAGAUGAUAGAUCUGUCUGCCAACAACUUCACCGGAGUCAUCCCGGUGCUCUCAACUUGUGUUGAGCUGAUGCUCAUCAACCUUUCCCACAACCAUCUCGAAGGGCAGCUUCCGACGGAGCUUGGCAGUCUCCGAAACCUCGAGACGCUUGAUGUUUCCUUCAACGGCUUAGGCGGGGAGAUUCCAUCGAGCCUUAACAAGUGCACCCAUCUCAGCUUCUUCAAUCUCUCGCACAAUGAUUUCACCGGGUGGAUACCCACCGGCGGAGUCUUCUCCAGGUUCACCAAUCUUUCCUACCUCGAGAACCCACGCCUGUGCGGAUUAGUGCUGCAAAGGGCCUGUCGUCGGCGACCACCGCAGUGGCGGCAUUCUCCUAAGUUCUUGAUCGCCAUUUCUGUGGGUGGGUCAGUGGUUGCCUUUCUGCUCACACUGUGCUGCGUUAAACUGGUGAGAAAGAUGGAAGGAAUGGGUAUCCCCAGGAGGGGCGACAUCUUUGGUGGCUCAUCACCGGUCGUCAAGUCGAGCUACCCUCGAAUCACCUACCGAGAACUCGUGGAGGCGACCGAAGAGUUCAGCCAAGGAAGACUAGUUGGGUCCGGCAGCUACGGACGUGUUUACAGAGGGGUGUUGAGAGAUGGAACCGUGGUGGCAGUAAAAGUAUUGAACCUCCACACCGGUAAUUCGACUAAGAGCUUCAACAGAGAAUGCCAAGUUCUGAAGCGAAUCAGGCACCGAAACCUGAUGAGGAUCAUCACGGCAUGCAGCCUACCGGAUUUCAAAGCUCUGGUUCUUCCUUUCAUGGCGAACGGCAGCCUCGACAGCUACCUCUACUCAUCCUCUUCGGAUCUGAGCUUGAUUCAGAGGGUAAACAUUUGCAGUGACAUCGCAGAAGGGAUGGCCUACUUGCACCACCACUCGCCCGUGAAGGUUAUACAUUGUGAUCUGAAGCCCAGCAACGUGCUGCUCAACGAUGACAUGACUGCUUUGGUCUCCGAUUUCGGGAUCGCGAGGUUGGUGAUGAACGUUGGGGUUGGGAGUGAGGUGGAAAACGUGGGGAAUUCUACUGCUAACAUGCUUUGUGGCUCCAUCGGAUACAUAGCACCCGAAUAUGGAUACGGCGCGAGAGCAUCGACGAAGGGGGACGUCUACAGCUUCGGCGUGCUCGUGCUCGAAGUGGUGACGAGAAAGAGGCCCACCGAUGAGGUGUUCGAGGGCGGAAACAGCUUGCAGCAGUGGGUGAAGAGCCACUACCACGGUGGGGCGGAGACGGUGGUGGACUCCGCGUUAGGCAGCGAGGCGAGGAAACAGACGCCGGAGGUGAGGAGAACGUGGGAGGUCGCCAUCGGAGAGCUUCUGGAACUGGGCGUCGUCUGCACCCAGGAGAGUCCGUCGUCCAGGCCGACAAUGGAGGACACUGCCGAUGACUUAGAUCGGUUGAAGAAGUAUCUUGCCGGCGACACCACCGCCACGUUCGGCUCUUCUCUUGGUAUGUCGUCCUCCAUUUUUGGAGAGACAAGCUUGUCGAACGUCGAUGACUAGCUCUAACAGAUGAACAGUGCUUGUUGUACGUGCAAACUAUGGAUGAUUUCGUCGUUAUUGCUUCUUUCGCUGUUCCGUACAAGUCUGUACAUAAGCAUGUCGCUGAUGGCCACACCGUAAACAUUUCUGUGUUUUGCUGUUCUCUCUCUCUCAUAUCUUUGCUAUGAAUUCUAUUAUUUUAUUUUGUCAA